GCGAGACUGGGCAACUCGCUUCAGCAAGCUCUCAGCUCCCCUGAAACCGCAUCGCGAUGGUGGGGGCACGCGACGUGAAGAUUGGAGGAGGCGACCUCUUUGGAUGGCUGUGCCAGACCAGCGCCAAGCGCCCGGCGGAAGUGAUCCAGGCCAAGAAGCGGGACUCUGAGGCGAAGAAGCUGGUCUGGGACUUCGUGGCGCGGGCCCCGGCCUGCGAGCUCUGCUCGGAGGAGGAGCUGCGCGCCUUCUGGGCCAGGGCGCAACACCUUGACAAGGCAAGCUGUUGCGUGGCCCUACGGGACCGCUUUGACUGCUGUCACUCGGACACGCCUCAGUCGCAGGUGCGGAUUCUACGGCUUCUGAACACCUCCUCCUUGGUCUUGGGAAGGAAGCUGCUUGACACACUGACCACCCAAUCCGCGGAGCUGGUGAGGCACUUGCUCAAGUCCGAUGUCCCAAAGCUGGCAGAGGAGGCAGCUUUGCUCCAGGAGUUGCUACACCUGGCCCCAGCGGUCGCUGACCCUGCGGAUGUCGUCGACCGCCGAGGCGGUCUGCUCAUCUUCACCGAGUCGGUCCGUGCCGCGCCAACACAGCAGCCGGUGUCACCUGCUGGGCCAUUGACGGGGCCUGCGGCUACGGCCGCCAGGCCGGUGGAGCUGCCGGAGGACGUGGAUCUCUUGGAUUUGCACGAUCUGUCUGGCGUGCGCGUCUCGCCACCGGCGUCGAACGGAGGCCCAGCUGAUGUCGGGACAGGCGUGGGCGUCGCGCCUCUCAUGCAGGCUCCGGAGAUCCCAAAGCAUUUUCACAUGAGCUGCGGGGACGCAGAGGACGAGAAUCAGGACCUGGAGAAGAUGUACAGCUGUGUGCUACCAGAGGCCACCCUUGCCGCCAGGCAGCCCGAGACGCUGGCAGACUUCGUCUCAGACGCCAUGAGGCAAAUGAAGGGCCAGUAGCGUCGCCUUGCCAACUACUGGGGUACGGCUUCCCAAAGCCCCAACCCAGAGAAAAUGGGUGGGCUUGUUUUUUUUGCUACCUUCCAAUGGAUUCAUACCGUCCUUUGAAAAGCAGUUCUCAAACGAGGUCCAUGAGCGAGGGCCCACGUUGGAACAAACACGUCACGGGUGAGGCAGGCUGGCAAAUUCAUGCGCCGCUUUGCAACUGGCAGAGAGCAAGUUGCUCAGACUGUUUCCGAGAGGCCUUCCCCGCCAAGAUACUUUCAUGUGCU